AGAGACAGUCUGAGCCUCAAGGAGCAGGGAGGACGGGAAAAUCUAAGCACAACCCCCCCUCAAAAAAUGGGGCGGGGGGUGUUGUGGAGACCGUUACAGGGCAAAAAUAAGGCAGUGCUGCAGAGAUGACAAACUGAGCAAAGGAGCAAGUGUGGGUUGGCGCUUAUAGAUAAGAGCCAGCAGGGCUGGUGUUUGCAAGGCCUAAAGAGGAGCCUGGCCGACCAGGGUCCCUGCGCUGAAACGGGGCGCCCAGCCUCUGAGUUUGAAGUAGGCGACCAAGCCCAUAAAUCCUAUGGCGUGCUUUAACCAGGCCAGUCCUAUAGGUCAAGGAAUCAGAAGUUUGAGACCCUGGAGCGCGUCCGCGCGCAUCAAUGCAUUUAAAGGGCAUCCCCACCCCCCAACCAAUUUUUUCAAAAUCAUGCGAACUGUAGCUUCCCUCUCACAGAGGCACAAUUCCCAGCAGCGCCUCUAACAAAUUGCCGCUCCCAGGAUCCUUUUGCAAGGAUAACAUGCGGUGUGAAUGUGUUUGCGCGUGCCCAGAACCCUGUUCAAAACACCUCUCAGUGUUCAGGGGGUGGCUCCUCCUUGCCUCCUUCAUGGACAGGCGCAGGAGGAGGUGGUCUUGCCCUUUGGUCUUCCCCAGGACUUGCCCCCUGCCUUUCAUAAUUGGGGAAAUGCCACGGAUUGAACCUGGGAGCUUCUGCCUGCAAAGAGCAGCCGCCCCGCCUCCUGCCUUUUUGGCUUUGUAAGGGUUAAAGCGAAGCGAAGUGGAUUCCUAGAGAGAAAGGGAAUAGACUCAUCGAGAUCAAGGGGGGGGGGCUUGCAGAGUCCUCCAGGAGAGAAAGCCCCUCCCUCCAAAGCUCAAUCCUGCUUGGCUUUUCCCUGGGGGGAGGAACGUGGUCUUUGUCUCUCCCAGUGCUGCAUUCGGGGGACCCUUCUGGGAGCCGGACUUGGUAGCACAUCUCAUUAGGACACACAAUGGCAGAAGAACGAAGGAGUUCCCGUAGACCUCUUGGAGGUUUCCGUGGAGCGCAGAUGGACGAGGAAGACUCAGCUGGCCCUGAAGCAGGAAGAGGCUGCAAUGCCGCCAAGAUUGGAAGCAGUUGGGCAUCCUGGAGAACCUUGCUGCAGAAAGUCCUGAUUGAGCAGCGUGCCCACAGCUCAGAUGUACAUCGCCAGCAGUUCAGAAAUGUUCACUACAAAGAUGCACAGGGGCCCCGAGAGAUUUGCAACAGACUCUACCGUAUUUGCCAUCGUUGGCUGAAGCCAGAGCAACACACAAAGAAGGAGAUCCUGGACCUGGUGAUCCUGAAGCAGUUCAUGAGUGUCCUUCCACCGGAGAUGGAGACCUGGGUGAAAGAAUGUGGAGCGGAGACCAGUUCCCAGGCAAUGGCUCUGGUUGAAGGUUACCUCCUGAGCCAGGCAGAGGAGAAGCAGCUAGCAGGGCAGCAGGGAGAGGAUUUGGUUGUAGAAAUGGACACUGAUUGCUCAGAGGCAGAGAUGGCUGCAUCGGACACCAGAGAGAGGCCACUUGGUGACAGAAUGAUGCUGACAAGACCUCAGCCAUCUGCUCUUCACAAUGGAGGGGAAGCAGCUUCUUUGGCACAAGAUCAGAAUCCAGCAUCCUUUGAAGAUGUGGCUGUGAAUUUCACGGAAGAAGAGUGGGCUCUGCUGGAUGCUGACCAGAGAGCUCUGCAUAAGGAAGUCAUGGAGGAGACCUGUGGCAUCAUGGAUUCCCUUGAAUGUGGAAUAAAGCGGAAGAAUAUUAACUGGACGUGGGAGAACAGGGAUUAAAUCACCGCUCAGCUGUGAAGCUCACCGCAGUCCAGUCGCUGUAUCUGUCUAUUCUACCUCUCAGGAUUGUUGUGUGAAUAUCAUUGGGCUAAGGAGACCCAUGAAUGCUGCCUCAAGCUCCUUGAAGAAAAAGUUGAACAGAUGUAAAUGAAAUGCUAAUGAGCGAUA